UUUUUUGCUGAUUACAUCUGAGAAACUAGAAUUUAUAUGUUUUUCUGAUGAACCAGCCCAAUGCUGUUGUGUCUGGUGGGAAGGGCCUGGAGCACCAACUAUAUUACACUUGUCGUUUUCCAGGGAUCAAUUCGUAUCGCGUGGAAGCUGGAAUGUUAGAUCAGUCCUUAUUUAUCAGGAAGUUCAAUACUGUCUGCAAUUUUUGUGAUGAAGUAGUUGGAUGGCACUUGACGGCCAAACCCAAAAGUGAUGAUAUGCCUACAGGAGUGUACUGGUGCGACACAUUGAUGGACAGGGAAAAGGUGGUUCUGUUAGAUGAAGAAGAGAAUGAAGUAGCAAGAGAUUUUAAUGUUGAGUCUGAGCUACCGAGCAUUAACUACUUGAAGACAUUUGCAGAAGAUAAACUUGUUAAAGCUACAACAGCAGAUUCCCUUGAACAAUAUUAG